AACAACAACAUUUCUCUCACACCACUGCAAGUCCUAAAGCCUUUUGAUUUGCUAAAAGAAUCAAAAUUCCCAUCUUCAAGCCAUGGCCUUCUCCAAGGCUCUCAUGGCUUCAAUCCUCAUUUCUCUAGUCAUUCUAAAUCUUGUGGAGUCAAAUACAAUGGUAAUCUGGAACACACUCGAGGGAUCAAGUUCUAGUCCUGCCCCGCCAAAGAUAGAUUGUGAUGGUGAAUGCAAAAGAAGGUGUGAGUUAUCAUCGAGACAAAACCUGUGUAAGAGAGCAUGCGGCACGUGCUGUGAUCGAUGCAAUUGUGUGCCUUCGGGUACUUCCGGUAACUACGAUGAGUGUCCAUGCUAUGCAAAUAUGACUACCCACGGAGGAAGACACAAAUGCCCUUAAUUAUUUACAUUCAUACUCACAUAAAAUAAUAUAAAAAAAGGUGUGUUUUAGUA